AUGAACCCCAGUCUACCCAAUUUCCCCUUGCCGGGCUCCUCUAGCCCUCCUGGCUUGCGAUCCAAAUCUAGUCGCCAGAUUACCCGAAAUCGCGCGAGCUACAGCUGUCACACUUGUCGCCGACGGAAGGUCAAAUGUGACAAGAGACAUCCGAUAUGUGGAAACUGUGUGAAAAAUAACACCGAGUGCAUCUACGAUGCUUCGGCGCAAAGGGAUGAAGGUGCGCGUGACACCUCUCAGCAUACGCACGGAGUCAAGCGACGGAGAGAAAAUGCACAAAUAUUGGAGGAAGGAGUCGAUGAGCUUCAAUCGAUUUAUGGGCACUUGAAACAGGCCGAAUCAUCAACAAGCGACAAAUCCGACCCCCGCGCAAUUGAGUCACGAUUGGACAAGCUCAUGUCGAUGAUUGAGCGUCUUGGCGGAACGAACCAAGCCCUGGAAGCUGCAGCCGAGAAAGACACGACCCUCGAUACGAAGGUGGAACCUACAACAUCGAACGAUCCACGGCCGAGUCAUACGCAUGGAAAUGUAGCACUAUCGCGACCUGCCAGCCCGCGUCGCAUCGCGGCAGAAUCAAGUGGCGACGAGUUCCCGAUCCCGUCAGGCCGAGCUACUGAUCUGGUCGACCCGGUUGGUAGUCUGAAUUUGGGCCACUUAAGCUUGGAGGAUGGUGGAAGAUCAAGAUAUGUCGGCACCACGUAUUGGGCUUAUAUUUCGGAUGAAAUCAAUGAGCUUAAUCAAUUGCUGAGAGAUCAAAAUCGUUCGCAUGAUCAGCCAGCUCCAGAAAGAAACACGCAAACGCCAGACCCAGCUACCAAUACACAACCGUCAUGGAGGGAGUCAGUAGGCAGCUCAACGCCUUCGAUGACACCCCCGUCCCGGUCGUUCCAGCAAUCUAUUAUCUUUCCAUCCGGUGAUUCACCGUCAACAAAUGAAAAGGUGGUGGAGCCAGAAAUGCUUGACCAUAUUCCAACGAAGAGACAGAGUCACAUUCUUUACAAAGGAUUUAUGUCUGGCGUACACGCCAUCAGCCCUGUUCUCCACCCUCCCACUAUUCUCAAGCUCUACAACUCCUUCUGGAACUGGUAUGACUACAGCAGCUAUUCAGGUGACCCUUGCCCAAGUCCAUCAUUCAUACCACUGUUGUAUGCCAUUUGGUAUGGCGGCUCGGUCACAAUCUCAAUUCGAGCAAUCAAAGCUGAAUUCAACGUAUCUUCACGCUUUGCACUCUCAACGAUGUAUAGCGACGAGGCCACACGCUGGUUGACAAAAAUAUCAUUCCCGCGCAGCCCUUCUCUUCAAGGACUUGCGGCCUAUCUCAUUGUGCAGACCAUCGUUUCAAAAGAGGAAGAGCCUUUAACGAGCAGUCUGUUUGUUAGUCUGGCGAUGAGGGUGGCACAGAACAUGGGAUUACAUCGCGAUCCAGCUAAGUUUGGCAUCAAUCCGUGCGAGGCAGAAUACCGACGCCGAUUGUGGUGGCAUAUUAUGCAUAUGGAUGGCGUCGUUGCGAUGUCAAGUGGUUUGCCUCCUCUUGUCAGUGACGAAAACUACUGGGAUGUGUGCGAGACCAGUGAAAUCAAAGAUACACUGUUGGACAGCCCAGCGGCCGAGCAGUAUGAGAAAUCGGUCGCAUCUCAUGGACGCCAACCUGACAAUCCGGACGAUCCCAACCUUUGCGGCGGGCCAUCUAUGGUCAAUGUGUACUACCUCACUGCAAGGGGGAAAUAUGCCAUGGCCCGUGCUGUCCGACGGAUACUGAAAAUCCAGCUUGGUAUCAAGCCUCUUCUUAGGCAGGACAUGGAGGAACUUCGAUCUAUACUAUUAGAAUUACAGCUGAAGCUGAAUUCAAUAAUACAGCGGAUUCCAGAGGGCAACGCUCUUGACCAUUCUUCGACCUCUGGUCGGGCUCUAUCCAUGUCCAAAUCCCCUGUGGAUGGUCGCUCCUCUGAUACAGAGCUUCCAGGCGAGGGACCGACAGGAUGUCCAGAACAAUACCACUCCCCGGUUCUUGUUUGUUUCCAUAAGUGGGCCAGAAUCAUUCUGUCUUUGUAUAUUGACAAGGCCUUUUGUGUUGCCUAUCAACCUUUCCUCAAGAACGCUCGCAGCCGCAUUUGGCCUGCUGCACGACAGAGUGCACUUCGACAUUGUCAUGGGUUUAUGAAGAAGUUCAUUCAACUCGCAACUGAUCCUGAUUUCCAGCCAUUCCAGUGGAGCUGGCCCGGCAACCAUCAACCUAUGCAUGCCACUAUGAUCAUGCUUAUUGAUUUGUAUGAGCGACCUCAUAGCCCCGAGGCAUCAAAAUCACGCGCAUUAAUCGACCGCAUACUUGCUCUAUCUGGUCCAGAUGGAGGAGUCGUAGGGGGUGAGGACGGUGUAUCGACACAACGACCAUUAAAGGAUGGAGGCCGUGAAGCCUGGGAUAUGAUCCGUCGCCUUCGUCAAAAGGCCUGGCAAAAGGCGGGCCUUAAUCCUCAAAUGCUGUGGACUGAGCAGGAUCAAAUCCAAGCCGGUGUUUCCUCGCCAGCAGGUGAUCCUCAUGUUGAUGGUCCGCUCUACGCUUCCCAUUCUGGAUCUCCAGCAGUGUCAAGACCAGCUUCUCGGGCUGCGUCAGCACAUGACCCUAAAGUCAACGAUUUCAACAAAACAUUCUAUAACAUCACUCGCUCUCACAAUCUGUCGAAUCUCACCUCUACCUCUCCCCGACCCAGUCCCUUACGAUAUUCACAGAAACCCCAGGACAAACCCUUACCUUCCUUCAACACACAAUACGAUCCGAAAUCUACACCCAGUUCCAUGCCACCCCCUACAGCUGGUCCAUAUAUCCCCUCAUCCUCGCCGGAACUGGCAUCAUUCCAGGAUGUGUCUCCGCCAAUCCAGGCUCAGCCGCCUUCAGCCUCGACUAUCCCCCUACAGCAAGACCAACAGCCACUUUCAAACCUCGCCCCUUCACACGCCAUACCCUUCAUGGAUACAUCCCCUCUAAAUCCCAUGCCUCUAGGCGACUCUACCCCACCUUCCAUGGUCGAUCCCAACCUCAACUUCGAUUGGGACCAAUGGGAUGCGGUCUUCGGACAACAUCUCCCCGUAGCAGAUGAUCUCAUGGAACUAGAUCCCGUUGCGGGUCUUGACUUUGCCAACCUUGGGAACGCAUCAAAUACUAAUAAUUCUUCCAGCGGGGAUAUGGCCGAUAUCUAUCGCAAUGGUCUUCCACUGGUACCUUCCCCGAGUGAUAUGAAUUUCCCCCGUCCUGGAAUGGCAACGGUGCUAGCAGUCUGGAGAACUCGAAUGGUUGGUCGGGCUACUGAUCGUACGACUUAUACAUAG